AAGUAGAAUAGUGCUUUUAUCUAAUAAACGCGUCGUAGAAAGUGAGCGAAAGUGAUAUUCGAACGGAAUGAUAAAUUAGUACCUUUGACGAUUGAUUCCGUUACCGAAAGCUAGUAAAAAGUGUGCUCGUGAAUUAAAAAAAAGAUGAUCAGAAAGUGGAUCGUGAUCGGUGAAUCUUUAGAUGGCCGUAACUGUGCGCCAUUUAGUUUUUGAUACAGAUCCGCGCAGCGAAAGGGCUGAUGCCCUUACGCGGUUCGUGUUCCUAUUGGUGGGUCCGCGCUAAUCUAUCCGGAUCGACGUUCGUAACGGGAUCCGGUAGUGUUUGUCGUGCUGUUUUUAAAAACUCGUUAAAUUCACGAAAUACAAGGACGAACGGUGAAUUGCCCCUUUCUGCUGGCGAAUCUUUUAACGAUUGUUUCGAUAUUGUUCGUGCAACGGGAAAUCGUACUCGAUUCGCGCAACGUGGCUAACUUCAAUAAACUCUUCCUCCUAGUUACCGUUCUGCCAAUACCUUGUGCUUUCCACUCUGUCAGUCGCAUACACGGCGGACAAGAGUAUACACAAAGCGGGAAGAAUCGAGGAUUCGUUGAUUAUACGUGAAUAGUAAAUACUAAAUAAAAGAACACUGGAUAUGCAUGUUCGGUGUCACGAUAGCCGUAAGUGCGCUUGCGCGUUGCCUUUUUGGUUGUUACGGAUUCUGCUAAACCAAUCAGAGUCGAUAUUCGCGGAACGAGUAAAAAGUCAUCGAACGAUGAGUACGAUUUCCCGUUGAACGAAUAAUAGACUGCACGAUCUCUGUGCGCCAGCAACGGUAGUGGCAAUCGCAGCGCCGUCAACAACACGGCAACAACGACAACGACAACGACACUAGCGCCAUCAGCGCAACCGCCAUCGCAGCGAAGAGAAACAGUAUUCGUUCGAGGAAAGAAAGAAGAAAUGCCUGUAGGUCCGCGAACGUUGACGCGACCAAAGAUGGAGGCCCUAUCCAGUUUGUAACACGGCGGCCAGAUCUCGUUUCAAGUGUAACAACGGAGCCUCCGAGCGCUCCUCGAGUCGGCUGCCCAAAGUCUCCUUUGCCCCGUGCUACUUUUCUUCAUAAGCCCCUCGAGGCUGGAGGAUGGAGCUACGCGUUGGGAAUAAGUACCGGCUCGGACGGAAAAUCGGGAGCGGUUCUUUCGGCGACAUUUAUCUAGGUACCAACAUCUCUACUGGCGAGGAAGUCGCGAUCAAGUUAGAAUGUAUAAAAACGCGGCAUCCGCAGUUACACAUAGAAUCAAAGUUUUACAGAAUGAUGCAAGGUGGUGUUAUCGAAAAAAUAUUUUACCAUAAAAUUCCAGUUGGUAUACCUACCAUAAAAUGGUGUGGUUCAGAAGGUGACUACAAUGUAAUGGUAAUGGAGCUACUUGGUCCAUCGCUGGAGGAUCUAUUCAAUUUUUGUUCAAGAAGAUUUUCCUUAAAAACAGUGUUGCUUCUUGCCGAUCAAUUGAUAAGUCGAACAGAUUAUAUUCACAGUCGCAAUUUUAUACAUCGAGAUAUCAAGCCAGACAAUUUUUUGAUGGGACUAGGAAAGAAGGGAAAUCUAGUGUAUAUUAUAGAUUUUGGGUUGGCUAAAAAAUACCGCGAUGGUCGUACUCACAAACACAUAGCUUAUCGAGAAAACAAGAAUCUAACGGGAACAGCCAGAUAUGCGAGUAUCAAUACACAUUUGGGGAUUGAACAGUCACGACGAGAUGACCUUGAAUCAUUGGGGUACGUUCUUAUGUAUUUCAACAGAGGUAGUUUACCUUGGCAAGGCUUGAAAGCAGCGACAAAGAGACAAAAGUACGAGCGUAUUUCUGAAAAGAAAAUGUCCACGCCUGUCGAAGAAUUAUGCAAGGGUUAUCCUGUAGAGUUCGCGUCGUACCUAAGGUAUUGUCGAGGGCUACGAUUCGAGGAAAGGCCGGAUUAUUCGUAUCUACGGCAACUCUUCCGAACAUUGUUUCACGGCGAGGGCUUCACUUACGAUUACGUUUUCGACUGGAAUAUGUUGAAGUUUGGCAAUGUCAGGCAACAAACAUUGUCCUCAACGCAACAGGCACCGAUGCAGUCGCAACAUACGAAUGCAGCCCUGCCUUCUGGGACCAACAACGAUCAGGAACAUCGAUCUAGGCCCUACACACGGCAAUGUUUGGCAAACGCGUCAGUGGAAACGGUGGGCCAGGCCGUCAGCGGAACAGCCACAAAUCUGAGAAGCAUGCGGCAGAAACGCGAGGCACUAGAUGCUCUUCGCGAUCAAGACAAUCAGGACAAGAGAGAUCUUCCAGUGUCAGGAGGCGUUUUCCAGGAGCGAAGGGUCAGCAUGAGGUUGCAUCGCAGGGAUGCAGCUGCAGGUGAAAUGCAGCCGAAGAACAAGUUGAUGAAAAGCACGAGCGGCUAAACGAACAGACGGUAGCGGGUCUACCCACGGAUUUAAUCGUCGAGUUAAUUCCGUUGGCGAAUUUCGAGAAGAAUCCCUUUUAACCACGCCGAUCGUGAACACGAACACAAAUUCUUGUCCUUUUCUUAACGCCGUAACCACGGUUAAAUGUCCUUUAUUUAUAAACUUUAUAAAGUUCUCUUCUUAGAGGAGAUCUUAUCUCGCUGCGCGUUCCACGCUUUUCUUUCUUCGACUCGUCUCUUCCGAUACCGGAAAACAGAAUUAUUAUCGUUAAUAACGUACCGACCGCGAUAAGUCGGUCGAAUUCGUUCGCGUGCACGGAUGAUUCGCGCGUACGUUUUUUCAACGUAUUCACGCUGUAUACCUUGUAGUUUCUGAGUAAUCUCUCUCUUUAAAUGUUUUCGCAUUACAUACAGUAAAUUAAUAUUUUAGCUACGAACGAUACGUUAUUCUAAUUAUUCGAAGUUUCUGUAGAAACGUAAGCGUUAGUAAAUAGCCGCGAUUGCACGAGUCCCUUCGUCACGCGAUCGUUUGAAAAGAAAUAAUUGUUGAAUUUCUUUUAACCUACCGUAACUCAGAAACUACGAUAUACAGGAGGCGCGUACACUGGCAAGCACGAUAGGCUUCCCUGGGGAAACGACGAUGCGUCGGAAAGGGGCUACUUACUAUGCUCGGUAUAUUCGCAAACGUACAAAUAGAAAACUUGUAAUUUCGUCAUUUCUAACGGAGAUUCGAAAAACGAUGAAAGUGUUGGGGGAGGAGGGGCUUCUUCUCUUACGCUAAUUUUUAGCCAAAGGAAGCCUAAUUUGCAUCCGGGUGUACGUGGUCGAAUAACAUUUUUUUACUUAUUUUUUUAGCGUGUAGAUUCACCGCCUAAAGGAAUAUGCCGCGCGAGUACAGCGUUGACGAGCGACCAGCGGUUUUCCAUCACGUACAUGUACGUCGCACGUUGCGAAACGUGUUAACGCGUCAUAUAACUUCUGCAAGGAUGGCAAGAGAUCAACGAUCGAAAACAGAAAAAGAAGAUUAGACAUGCGGUAAAAUGUAGUCGCGUCGUCGAAAUUGGGAUCGGCCGAUGAUUACGAUCAUUACGAUCAUUAAGAUCAUUACGAGCAUGGGCGGAUCGGAAUGUAAAAGAAAAAUAACAAUUUAUCGAUAGUUUAAUGUAACGAGAUCGCUGCUAGAACACCGAUCCACUUGUGCAUUUUGUUGCCACGACUCUCGCUAUUCCAGUGGAUCGGCAAUUCAUAAGGCGCGGCGCGGCGCGACGAAAAUUUAAGCCAUCUUUUCUCGUUUUCGUGCUUUCAGGAGUUCCUCAGCUCCCAGCUAAAGUGCAAUUGUAAAAUUAACGAUGUUGUUCCAGUUGUCCGUUCAUUUUUCUUCGUCUAUCGUUUCUGUACAGAGAAGGUCUGUUCGCGGCUAAACGAAUCGAAAAGUCGUUGACUGUUUUGGGGAAUUUCGUAAUACCGAAUGCGUCGAACCCACCAUUUAGAAUCGUUUAUAUUUCGAAAUCGAUGCUUGCAAAGUAAUAAAGGACUAUUCGAUUUCGUUUAUCGUACGUCUUUCGCUCGAUCUGUACGCGAGCAGUGUCGACGAACGAAGCGUUGUUUCGUCAAACGCUAAUUGUUCGCGUUGUAUGUUUCGGGUGUAAGGUAGGCUUCUCUUGUUUAACAUAAAUCGAGGCUCUCUCUCUCUCUCUUUCUCGAAGAGAGAACACUUGGCGGUAAAAUUACGCGUACCGAGUUUCUUUCCCUCGAUCAAGGGAGACCUAAGUAUAACGAACGAUAAAUGCGAGCGUGUAUCGACAACGAUAGAAACGCGAUUUUUCCAAGCGACAAAAUAAUCAAAAAUACGUAGGCAGCUAACCGAGGAGCGAUCGAGCGCGAAGAGGGUAAUAGCGCAAAGGUGUAUUGAACAGAAUGGUACGUUUCAUACGUGUUAUCGAUUUUAAUACUUGUACUCUAUCGAAUCGUAGGAUAUACAUGUAUACAUAUAGUGAUUCUUAAUCUGCGACGUAAUAUCGUGUAUAUUUUGAAAUAAAACGAGAAACGCGGUUUGUAAUUAAUUUUUGAUAAACAGAAGACGAGACACGACGAAACCUCUCUAGCGGAGGAGCAAGAAAACUAGCGCAAUCAGGAUCGAUUCGA